AUGGUCAGAUCCCAAGUGGCGGACCUUCUCAUCCUCCUGCACGAGCGAAGGGCGCAGCAUCAUCUAUUGAGCGAUGCCAUGCAGCACCUAGGCACUAUUCUGCGUCGUCUUCCACGAGACUCGCCAGAUCGUCCCAAGUACUUGAGUAACCUGUCGUAUGCAAAGAUGUCGGAAUACAAAAUGACCAGUUCCCGACAUGGUUUGGACGAGGCUGUGUCGUAUGGACGACAAGCUAAUGAAAUGGCAGCGACCAUUGACCUCUUCCAUUGUGACCCAAACGUGUAUCUCGACGUACAAAACAACUUGGGGUUCGCGCUCGCUCUACGAUACGCUCUGAUACAAGACCCCGAGGACCUCGACAGCGCUGUUGCAUGCGCAAAAGAGACGUAUGACAAUGCUUCAAAGGACUCCAAAUCGUACAAUUUCAGUCUCAAUAACCUUGCCUCGCGCCUCCGAAUGAGGUAUCUUCGAGAUCAAAAUCCAGAUGAUAUCAACGAAGCACGAAGACUGGCCAAUGAACUGAGAUCGAGAACGACUGCUGGUACAACUGAGCACGCCGCGGCCGCUGCUCAACUAGGGAUCAUCAAUGCCGACAAAUUCAAACAGACGGACAAGCUUGAAGACUUAGACGAGGCUCUUAGGUGCUUGAAAAGUGGUCUGCCAGCUCAGCCCGAUCGAUAUAGGACGCAGGCGCCCGCGCUCAGCCAAAUCGUUGACCUUUAUAGCGCGAGAUAUCAGAAAACGAACGAGGAACACGACAUGAGACAACUGGCCAUAUUUUCUGGCCACCUAUUCCUCUCGACCCGGCGAGGUAACCCCGCCCGAGGGGAGUAUCUUCUCAACCAUGUGCGCCAUCUGUACAAGCUUGCAGUCACGUACGAGUCAGGUCGAGCCGUCAAGAGGACGAUACGGGCAAUGAGGGCGACUUUGGAAUUCGAACCUCCCAGAUUCCCUCAGAAGCAGGCUUGCCAAGGGGUACUCGCACAUCUCCUCGCAGAGCGGUACUGCUUGACUCAGGAACUUGAAGACCUCGUCGCUUGUGUGGAUCUCAUCGAGGAACUAGUGACUAGCUACAAUGAGGAGGCUGAAAAUGGCGACUCUUCGAAAGGCCCGGUACAGAUGUCCUGGCUUUGGGAUCUGAGCAAGGCCUCACGCCAACUUGAAGCAUCCCCAUGGAACAACGACAUGAGAAAAUUAGCUGAGCGGGAGCUAUCGGAGACCUUCAGGUCCUAUUUUCAGGGCGAAGACUCUGCAGUCCGCGGGUUGAAGAAGUUCUACCAUCAGCGUGGCAUAAUCUUGAGCGUUCUAGCCGAAGCUGCCGCAGCUGGUCGGACACUUUCCGAUGAUGAGAUCGCUUCUGAAAUAACGAAGCUCGAGGAUAAGAAAGCUGCUGCCACAAGAGAGCACCAGAAGAGGCGGGGACUAAAAACGAAUGAUUACGAGAACGAAAUUGGUCUUCGGAAACUGGCCAUGGACGAGGCUAAGAAUGGAAUCGACGAUAUGAGUGGCCUGGUGAGUGAUGUCCUGGGCUGGGAUGCAACCAAGAGCUAUUCGACUGAGGAGUUUGCCGUCAUGACCGCACAGGGGGAGCGGAAAGCCUUGGAUGAAGCCCGGCUAAAAGGAAGACACCCUAACCUCAGGCUGUGUCGGAUGUGUCGGGAUGAGGCGAAGGUGCUGCAGCCCACGGCGGACGGCUUCGAGCUGACGGCGAAGGCUGCCUGGCUCCCGUUUGGAAAUUUCUUUCAGCUCAGGCAAAGAAAAGACUGCUCUGUUUGUUCACUGAUCCUGUCGGUAAUUACAACGAGGUCCGGGUCGCUUCAUCCGCGACUUGCGGCCAUUGAUCCAGAGGUCCAAGGAGUUCGCUUGAGUACCGGCAGGCUCUCGACGAACGAAAAGUUGAUGAGGAUUGACUACGGGAACAAGCACGUUAGUGAGCUGAGAGUCUUGACGCCUCAGAACUACUCUCAGGCCCUGCGGCAAGCUUGGGAGAUGGAUGCACAAUCAACGCUCUCGGGGAUUUUUUACAAUCGCAACGGCCCGAUCUAUGAUCAGAGUCAACAACGAAUCAACCCAGACCUAGUCAAGUCGUGGCUGAAUAACUGUGAUCACAACCACAGCUUCGCUUGUAACCAUCCGCGAUCUGGAAAGCGGGCAGAGAAUAAAAUGCGCCUGACUCUCAUUGACGUCAAGGAGGAAUGCUUGGUAUCUGCCUCCUCAGACGCGAAGUACUUUGCCUUGAGCUACGUCUGGGGCCGGGUGGACAUGUCCAAGACACUGAAAUCCAACUACGAGGAGCGAAUUGCGGGCACUGAUGCGGAUGCCGGCUUGCCGGGGGUCUGUGCGGGAACAAGAGAGCCUCAGAAGAUCACCACUCUCACCAUCUCCAACAAGUCACUCGAUCUUGAUGACGAUCCCGACAGCAAAGAUGUUGUUUACUUUCAGUGCGGCCAGGAAACGUUGAGUGAAGGAGGCGCUAAUGAGGAGUUUGAAGCGCUCAUGUUUGACGAAGCGGCUUUGUCAGAUAACCACAUCUUGGAGAAGGCGAAUCGCAACAAUCCCCUUUGCAGCCUGGACGCUAUUUACGACCUUACGCUGUGUGAGCGACUCACUAAGGCUUUCAACACCUACACGAAGCUCGUCGGGACCUACAGCCAACGAAACCUGUCCUUCAAGUCCGACAUUCUCAAAGCCUUUGCAGGAAUAUUUGCAGUGCUCGAGGAACAUUUCCACGUCGUGACACUCCAUGGACUGCCAGCAGCGGUAAUCAGUCACGCCCUUCUUUGGUCGCCUGCGGCAAGAAUUCCACGUCGAGGCUCUCAGUUGCCUACAAAUUUGACCCUGCCCACCAGCGGCCCUGAUCCACAGUUUCCAAGCUGGUCGUGGGUAGGAUGGGACGGCCCUGUGGAAUAUCGGGUAUUCAAGCAUUCGAAGGGGGAGAUGUUCCUGCCAGCCCCACGAGUAAAAAUUUAUGACACCAUCAACGGCCCCAUCAGCGACAUUAUACAGGGGCAAAAGGGAGCCCUUGAGCCCGCACACCAAGCACCCGACAGGACUGGCUCCCCCGAUAAUGGAAGAGACGACCAGGGGGGCGGAACAGGCAACAGGCCGGACAAAGAAGAGCCCCCGAGGGAGCAUGUUCUCGCCAAAAUGGUCCCUGACCACUUCCGUGGCAGCAUCUGGAUCGUAGGAGCGCCGCAGGUACCCCAAGACAGAAAGGACCCCCACAUCGCGACCAAGCUGCUGCGUUUUACCGCGCGUACUGUUCCCCUCCCACCAUUCCAAGUCAUGCUUAAUAAGGAAUACCUCAGCUGCAUGUCCCAAGUCCAUGUCCGAAGCUCCCAAGCCGUCCGCCGCAUCCAGGACCGUAACAGCAAGCACUGCGGGCUAUGGUGGGAGCAGGCUGGGUACGGCUAUGUGGGACUGGGCAUCAGCCCGGAGGCGGAGAGCAAGAUUGACAUGCACUAA